CUCACCUUAACCAGUAAAACCACGCUAUGUUCUAAAGAUUGUUUUGCGGGCGACAAGUUCAACAGUAUGGUAGAGGAGAAGAGAACACCACAGAAACAAUGCGCGCCAUUCCAGUUUCCUCAGAAUCAUACUCAGCUUUUCUAUUCCCUCAACCACUCGCUUCCUUCUCCCCUAACUCCAUUCCCAUAACCUACUCCUCUCUCUUCUUCUUCCACCCUUUUCAUUUCAAGAUCCAUCAUUCACUAUCCUCUCCCAAACCUUGCUCCUCCAAGUCCACACCCUUCUUGUGCACUGCUGCUUCAGAACCCGACCCCAUCACUUUGGGUCAAGUGGGGGUUGAAGAGUCGGAAGAGUCCUUAGUUGAGGAUGGGGUGUGCGUAGAGGUGAUGAAACUGGACAAGAACUCGCGCAGAAUCGAAUCCAGAAUUUCCGUUGAAGCUUCUCUUUCUUCCAUUUGGAACAUCUUGACCGAUUACGAGAGGUUGGCUGAUUUCAUUCCCGGCCUAGUUGUCAGCGAGUUGCUCCAAAAGGGUGACAAUUAUGCCCGUCUUUUGCAGAUUGGACAGCAAAAUAUAGCAUUUGGGGUAAAAUUCAAUGCUAAAGGAAUUGUAGAUUGUUAUGAGAAAGAAUUGGAGACUCUUCCUACUGGUAUUAAGCGUGAAAUUGAAUUCAAGAUGAUUGAAGGAGAUUUUCAACUCUUUGAAGGAAAAUGGUCUAUUUUUCAGCAUUUGAACAGUGAAAAUUGUGAGCAGUCUCAAGUCCGAGGAGUUAGUACAACUCUCUCAUACGUUGUUGAUGUUAAGCCGAAACUGUGGUUGCCUAUUCGUCUCAUAGAGGGUAGACUUUGCAAUGAGAUAAAAAUGAACCUUGUAUCAGUCAGGAACGAAGCUCAAAAAGAGCGAGUUGUGUAAUUCAUGAUAUAUUGUGGAUCAUACAAAAUGUAUACAAGUCCACUUUACUCCUUGCUCAUUGGUAAAUCUUGAAGCUUGUGGUCUUAAAUGGCCUCUAUGUAAGAAUUUCUUCAAGGUCCGCCCACCCUGAUCUUUUACAUUGAAGGUUGAAUCAAUGUUUCAUUUUAGAUUUGAAUGUUGGGUUUGAACUAACUAAAAUUGGGGUGGUUCCUAGUAUUAGAGUUAAUUAAGUUUCUCAUGAGUUAGCUAAGUUCGUGAUGUAUAUAAAAUCAGUCCGUGUGUGAUACUUUUUUACAAGAUUUUUUAUUCACUGAAUUUAUAUGAACUUAGGCAGGGCUGAAGACAAUGAUUUUGUAAAUUUUCAUCCACACUGCCGCAGCAUGGUAUAUCUGUUAUUCACACAGGUAUCUGGUUCUUCACUGAUUACUU